UAAUCGCAUUGGGAAACAAGCUUCUUCUGCUUGUUUAGCUCGGCAGAGCUAUGACGCUAAGAUCCGUCAUCUGUAGCUAUGCUUGGUUACCUAAUAUGUUGUGCUCUUUGUCAUGGCUUUGGCCAUCAACAGAGCAUGACGAUUAUACCCUAUAAUAACUGACCUACUGAUAUAACUUGAAGGAAGUAUUUAUACACUCAAGUUAGUUCUUCUCACGCUAUGAAGGAACAAUGUGAACCACACCCCCGUCUAAGUGUCCAGCAUUCCACUGUGGCUAAAGCGAGUAAGCGGAACACACACCCACGAUGCCUUCAAUGAGACUCUUAUACCUUUUCGCCCAUGCCUGCUCGGCUACAUUGCUCUAUUCAGAUUAUAGAUUUGACCCCCUCGAACACUUGGGCGGAGUCGCUCCCUACUUUGAACCACGAGAUCCUCCCGCCUCGCCGUCAGCGCCGCAGGGUUGCACGGCAGUGCGAGCAGCGUACUUGAGUCGGCAUGCGGCCAUCUACGCCAACGACUUCGACUACGAGGAGUUCAUCGAGCCGUUCAUCUCUAAAUUAGAAAACCACACAGGAAUCGACUGGUCCAAGAUCCCGACGUUGAAUUUCCUUGCCGGCUGGACAGCCCCUAUCACCGAAGCCGAACAAGAGCUCUUGACGCGCGUGGGCAGAGUUGAAGCAGCACAGCUAGGGGCUACGCUGUCGUUCCGAUAUCCCAAUCUCAAACUGCCGGCCCAUGUCUGGACGUCGUCAGCCGAGCGCACGUAUAAAUCUGCGCAAUCGCUCGUGCGAGGGUUAGAGGCGGACGACAAUGGGAUCCGCGUCAUUAACAUCUAUGAAUCGGAAGAGGCCGGCGCUGACAGUCUGACACCGUAUAAAAGCUGUCCGGCGUAUUCACCCUCCGCGGGUAGCGACCAACAAUCUGUGUACCUUAAGAAAUUCACGGCACCGAUAACAGCCCGGUUGAAUGCGCUGGUGCCCGAUUUCAAUUUCACUUCGAACGAUGUGUACGGUAUGAUGGAGCUCUGUGGUUACGAGUCUGUCAUCCGGGGAAGAUCGCCCUUCUGCGACCUGCACGUCUUCUCGCCUGACGACUGGCUAGGAUGGGAGUAUACAGCAGAUAUCCAAUACCACUACAAUGUCGGCUAUGGAAAUCCGGUGUCUGGUUUCGUCGGGCUUCCUUGGCUAAACGCUACGGCCAACCUCCUGCUGAGCGACAACAGCAACGAGGACAUGUAUGUAAGCUUCACUCACCGAGAGCUGCCGCCUAUGGUGGCUGUUGCCAUGGGGCUCUUCAACAACUCGGCUUUCGGCGGUAGUGAGUCGUCAAUCAACGACACGAUGCCGCUAGAUCGAAUCAACCAUCGUCGCGCAUGGAAGAGCUCUCACUUGCUCCCGUUCUUGGGAAAUCUGGCAAUCGAGCGAUUGAAUUGCAGCGGGACUUAUGGAUACGACGACGGAGAAUACUAUCGCGUGCUAGUCAAUAGUGCACCACAGCCUCUGCCAGACUGCGCUGACGGGCCGGGCACUAGCUGCUCGAGGGCCGGCUUUGAGCAAUACAUCCAAGACCGCGUCGAUAUGUUCCAUGGAUUCUCCGAGCAAUGCGGUGUCGACUAUGAUAAUAGCACCGACGUGCUCUCUAUAUACACCGAGUUGAACAUGGGGAAUGGCACGUUGGUGGGGAAGAGAAACCCUCAUACUUCUUCUUACCAGGCUUUCUGAGUGGGUAAUGAUUGAACUUUUCAUAGAUUAUAAUUAUAAUAGAUAAUAUAUUUAAUACUUGAAAUGCAUAUGUGCGUCUUUUGUUCUAUUCA